AUGGUUUCCUACACUCCCAUCCGCAUGGCGGAAUUCAAGAGCAACUAUGGUCCCAAGUACCAUGCUCAGCCCAACCUUGCUGGCUACACCCCCCAGGCUGCCUUCCGAAUGACCGACCAAUUCAAUCCUCGAACGAAUGCUGACCGGAUAAUCAGUGCCUCCCGUCUGGCCAUGUACGGUGCCCCUGCCGCUGUUGGUGUCCUCCUCUUCGCCAACGGUAUCCCCCGUGUCCAGCGUGACGUCCUCCAGAAGAUCCCCUUCGUCGGUCGUUACUUCCACAAGGAGGUCCACCCCGCCGACAACCCCUUCUAA